AUGCUGGCCAGAGAAUGGCCGGUUUUUUAUGGAAAAAGGCCAGCUAGGGACUUUGAGAUUAGCUAUAUCCACGCGGAAUUGUUCGAGCUCUCGGUGGACGGGAGCAAAUGGGUGCUCGUCGAGCCGCGACUACUCUAUGUCACCGUCCAGACAAGUACUAUUGACGACAGUACGCGAGUCACCGCCACAACUGCCGCCGGCCGCUCCGUCGUCGAGUCCAAGCUAUCCAGCGGCUCAAAAGUCGAGCGUAUCUCCGAGUGCUUCGUCUUCUGGCGGGACGCGACGCAACGGACGUUGGCCGUGAAUACAUUGUCGAGCCGUGAUGCCGCCGCGUUUGUAGCUGCCGCCUCGCCCCUUGAUUCCGUCCAUUCGAGUACCGCUGGUUUAUUCCAGCAAUCCGCUACAUGCCGAGUCUCCCAAAUUGCGCAAUUCGAUGGAACGAGAGUGGUGGCAAAGGUGACCCCUGUCGAGUCUACCGUCGUUGCCGUCAACCCGUUGAGUCUCGCCUUCCACUACAACCAUCAGCUGGUCAAUGUUGAUUUGCUUGAAUGCGUCGUUUGUCGUGGUACCUCGGAUCGUGAGAUCCAUCUCGGCCACGGGCCUUCCGUGUUCCAGUUCGAGUUUGACCAUGCGGCGCUGCAUUUCUUGGAGCAGAUCCUAAACCUCUCCUCUUUACUCUUGGCCCGUACCACAUCAGCUGAGGUGGCACUCACCUACCUGCAAAGGCAGAGAACAAAGAUUCACGAGCGUGUUGGACAGGUGGAGAAGAAGAAUGGACGACUGGGGCUCACUAUCUACGCUCAUACUGAUAAUGGAGUCAUCAAGGCUGAGGUUCGCGGUGUCGCCUCAUUCUGCCCAGGUGGCCCAAGUGUCGGUGAUUGGGUGGUGGCGGUAGAUGGACUCCUCAUUGAGGAUGCGGCAUCUGCGGCAGAAGUUGAACGACUUCUCCGAGAUGGCCGAAGAAUCAGGCUGCGCCGUCGUCAACUCGCCGGCGAAUUUGAAUCCCUACCACAGCCAACAACUUCGGCACGUUCGCAGACAGUACCAGCACCUCUUCCCUCAUCCCGGCUUCGUCUUGAGGAUCGCCUCCACAAGGGCAUCCAAGAGCUACUGAUGACCGAGCGAAAGUAUGUCGACGAGCUCAAGCAGAUGAUCGAUACCUACAUGUGCAUCCGGCCGGUUCGUGAUACCAUGGAGUCAGCGCUGCGACUCGAGAAGAUACAAGAGGCAUUCCUCGACAGCCUAGAAGAAGCCAUCGGCGACACCGACAAGGACACGGCCACCAAGGAACAAGUUCGGGACGCCGUGAUUCGGGUUUGCGCCCUGUUCGUCAACCGGUGCUCCGACUUCAAAAUCUACGCCGAGUACGCGGCUGCGUAUCUCAGAUUGCAGCAAGAGAUCUCUGGGCGCAAGGAUGUGCUUGCAGAAUUGGAGGCUGCCAACUGUUCUGGGGCCCAGCACUGCUCCUAUGAGUCGCGCAUGAUCAAGCCCGUCCAACGAAUCGUCCAGUACCCGUUGUUACUACGUACGGUGGCGGCGGGAUGUGAACGCGGAAGUUUGGAAGCUAGACAGGUAGAAACAGCGCUCCAAAAGAUGCAAACCCUCGCCGAAUACGUGAACGAGAUGCAGCGAAUCCACGAGCAGUUCAGCCCGCAUAUUGACGCCGUGCGCAAGAGUCACGCUGAUAUGUUGAGGGAUAAGGGUCUUCGCAUCGAUGUCCGUGAUCUGCUCAUCUUUGCCCACAUACGGUGGCUAAACUCGGACCCGAAGGGAUCACAGGAAUACGUGGUGUUCGUCUUCUCAUCGCUGAUCUUGCUGCUGCCGAGCGUCGCCCGCCCCAACACAAAAGCCAAGCAUUUCCGAGUGCUUCCGAUUGUCGAGGUGGAGGUGGUGGAAGGGCCACGAGCGGCUGAUGGCGCGGCGAAGAGCCUUGAGGCAGCCCUGCAAGAUGGCACCCUCUACAGAAUCGCUUGCUGCCAACAGCUUCUAAAGCAACAGCUAGUCAAAAGCAUCCGAAAAGCCAGGACAACUUAUAUGAAAGAGCAAAAGCGCCCCCUCUCCGGCUCAUCCCAAAGCGACGCGGGCUACGCCAGCGAGCCCGGCAAGGAACGGGCCGGCAGUACAAAUUCU